UAUUAAUUAGAAAAAAUUAGAAAGAAGCCACUUUUAAAAAAGGCAUAUCUUAAAAAUGAUAAAUCGAUACUCAAUUGUAUCAAAGUUCUCUUAAAAGUCUCAAAGUUUAUUGUUGCUUUUUUUCGAUCAUGAUAAUUAGUUUUCCAUUGUGAGUAAAACUGUCAUCAUCGAAAUCAUAUAUUUUGAUAGUUCGGAAACAAUCAAUAAUAGCAACGUAAGUAUAAUUAUAUUCGCAUAAGUUUAAUAUACACACACAUAUAUAUACAUAUAUAUAAAUUAUUUUAAGCGCUGUUGUAAUUUUUGAAUCUUAUAUUGAUAUAUUUUGCAAAUCAACGUAAAACUUCAAUACGGCCCAACUCCUCUGUUGCGUAUCGAUAGGUACAAAUUCGAAGAAACUGAGAAGAAGGAAGAUAAAGAAAGACCAUCAUAGGGCGGAAAAGAGAGACAGAUAUGAGGAGAGAAUGCCUACGUAUACGAGUAAAUGAGAGAGUGGGUAAUUGAAAGAUCGGGAGAAAAGAGGGAUAGAAAGAAGCGACGAAUAAAGAAAGAGGCAGAUGAAACCGGACGACCGUGGAAGUGGUAUCUCUUUGUACAGACGGUUCUCGAGCAUCCGGUAUUACUGGAGCGCGCACAGAGUUGAAAGUUUGCUUCGUUUUUUUUUUUUUAUUCGCGUUGAUUUGUAUGUACGUGCGUCGUAAAGGAAUAUGUAUGAAUGACAGUUUCAACUCGCCUUCGCCGCAUGUAAGUUUCGCGAGUUGCGUGAAUACUACAAUGAAAUAUAUAAAUGCGAGAGAUAAUUGCGUUAAUAACGGCUUAUUAUAAAGGCGACAUUAUAAAAUCGAUUAGCCGAGAUUGUUCUUGAAAUUGUUUGCACAGACGUGUUGUCUGUUGAAACAACACUAACACGAUCGAACGCCGAUGAAGAGAUACACGGACGACUCGCUUUUUAACUUUGCUCGAGGAAGACAAAAGAAUCGGAGAAUAAAAAGAAAAAAAUGAUCCAGAUUGCAAUUUAUAAACUGGGUGAGUGCUAAAUAUGAAUGAACGAAUUGCUAAAAUGUUUAAUGAUCUUAUAUUUACUUAUUCUAUGAUGAACUAAAUAAAAUUUUACCAUAGAUAUUUUAUUAUAUAAAGAAUAAAUUAAUUUGGGGAUAUAUAUAAAAUGUUUAUUUGCAAAAGGCUUAUAAAUAUUUCAGAUUUGAUUUAAAAAAUAUAAAUAUUGAAGGAUUUUUAAUUUCUCUCUAAAGGAUUUACUAAUCCGAUAUUAUUAUAUAAUUACAUAUGAUAUCAAACAUUAUAUAAUCCGCGCUAAAAUUGUAGCGAUGUAAAUUUCGAUAUACGAUGAUUCAGUACAAGGACAAUUCAACACUGUCGUUAAACAUAACAUUUAUUUCCGUUCUAUCCGUAUAUUGAAUAGCAUUCACGUGGACACCAGCUGUUCGAGAUUUUAAAUCAGCUGACCUAGACGUAAUAUAAGAUGAGUCGUAAAGAAAACUUGGAAAGAAGAAUCAGCAAGUAAAAUUGAUUACAAACGUAAUAAUUUAGUUGUAUAUAAAAAUUAUACAGCUGUAAAUCUUUGUAAGACAGAUUAUCCGAGUGAAUUUAAAAAAGACUGACUUAAAUACAAUUUAAGAUAAUCUAAACAGGAGAAAAAAUUCUUCUUCCAAAAUCAGGCAAAAGAAAAUAGUGAUUGUGUAUAUAUCAAAAUUAGUGACAGUGAAUUAUAUCCCAGAAAAAAACUGAAAUAAAUACAGACGCGAGUAUGGCGUAUUAAAAAAUAGUUUUCAAGUGUACUUGAAAGGUAACGGAAGUGACAACCGGAGAGUAGUAAUUUACGCGUAACGUCAAGCGAUGUCUAAAGAGGAAAUAAUUAAAAGAGAUUGCGUGUGUACGGUAAAAAAAUAAUUGUAUUUCUAUGCCACACAUCAUGUUCACGAUAAGGUUCGUAUUGCUCGGUACUUUGAUGUUAUCCUCGACAAAAGUGUCAUCGAAAUCGCAUCUGGCAAAGUGUUGUCCGCCAGGAAAGAUCUUCUCAGGGCAUUCCACAGUGGAGUGUGUUUCGGUACCGAAUAGCAUGAUAGAACUUUAUGCUCUCCAUCGAAAUGUUACUGCGGAGUUCCAAGGACUUCCGCAGUGUGAUGAACCCGAAGACAUUGUAACAACACCACUCGACGAUUUCGAUUCCAAUUUCUUAGAGGUUCCAGCUUGUCUCGAGAUACUUUACGAGCAAAUAACUGGAGAAAAGACCGUAAUAAUUGUUUAUUGUCAAUCAAAUAAAGAUCGACAAGUAAAAGCGAUUAACACAGCCUUUACGCAGUUCGCAGUUAGAAAAUGUUGCUCUCAUAGUAGUAUAUUUGACAGCCGCACGAAAGCUUGCGUGCCUUGGCUAAACAAAUCAGAAAGUCUCUUAACAUUUUUAUCAAAUGGAUCGGUUGAUGUAGAUUUAGUGGUGAUAGCUAACGAAGGUCCACCUACGUGCAAAGGUCCGAUCGUAGAUUACGAGAUUGACGAAGACGAUAUUUUCUUGCGAAACGGAACUUACUCGAUGAUGGUUCCAGUGUCCAAAAAUAAUUAUAUCAUCAAAGAGGAAUUCUUUCUUACCGAGGAUAACGCCUGCCUCGAAAUGCUGCCAAAUUCCAUGUUUAAUAGAAGAUUAGUAGUCCGCGUUUGCAGAGAUUCGAGAUUCUGCGACAGAAACUCCUGCAUUAGAAAGUGUUGCGCCGAGGACGAAUUUUUUUAUACUCGGGGAUGUAAUAAACUUACUACGCCCGAAGAACCGAUUGAAUUUCACCAGGCUUUAGCAAAUGCCGUGAAUCGAACGGAAUCAUCUACUUUUAACAUAAGCAAAGAUUAUGGAGUCUUGAUUGGGAAGCCGUGUAAACAUGGCAUGUAUCCCGUGGAUCCAAGAGAAGAAGAAUGGUCGUUGACGACAGAAGGACAUGUUCUCACCGAAGGUUAUCAGAUCUUCGACCAGAACGAAUAUUGCAUGGACAUCUUUUAUAACAAAUCGGAAUUCGAUCAUAAUUUUCAUUUGUUUAUAUGUUUCGAAGAUCCAGAGAUACCUCAACACACUCGAACGAGAUACCAAAUAAACAGCGCCUUGGAAAUCACCAGCUGCGCUUUUCUGUUGAUGACUCUAUUAGUAUAUGUGUGCCUUCCAAGUCUACAAAAUCUUCAUGGUAAAACGCUCAUGUGCCACGUAGGCAGCCUCAUCCUGGCUUUUACCUGUUUAGCCAUCGUACCCUGGAUUAUGCCCGCUAGUGUAGUUGAAACCGAGGAGUUAAGAGCUACGACAGCAUGCAAAGCUUUAGAAAAUAUUUUUUCAGCUUACAUCAUGCUUUUUUGCUUUCUAUCGUCAUUUUCCUGGCUCAACGUCAUGUGCUUCGACAUAUGGUGGACCUUCGGAGUUUUACGUGGCAGUACGAUUACAAAGGCCCGUGGACAUAGAAAAAAAUUUCUGUUAUAUUGCUUGUACGCAUGGGGCCUCUCUCUGCUGGUGUCAAUCCUAACGAUCAUUGCCGACUACACGGAUAUCCUGCCAGAUUAUUUGCAGCCCGAUAUUGGCAAUACGAGCUGUUGGUUUACACAAAAUCCAGAUUCGUUCAGCGAAUUAACUUUCUUUAUCGGCCCCAUAACGAUUCAACUGAUAUCUAACGUCGUGUUUUUCGUUCUCACAUCGGUACAUUGCAAUAAGGUGAAAGCGGAGAUAAAAAGAGUAACUACGGAUCCUAUGGAUCCCAGGAGCAAGCGAUUUCAUUCCGAUAGAAGUAGAUUUGUCAUGAAUAUCAAACUGUUCAUCGUUAUGGGAAUGUCCUGGAGCUGCGAGGUGGCGUCGUUCUUCAUGAAGAAAUAUUUAAAUUACAUUUACUGGCAUUACACAUUGUUCUACGUUAGUGACGUCUUCAAUUGCCUUCAGGGCCUAUCGAUCUUCAUUCUCUUUGUCUUGAAGAGCCGCGUUUACCUGGCCCUUCGCAGACGAUUGGGAUUAAAUACCAAGAAUAAACCGAAUCCAACGUGCAACGCGACUACGAUUUUGCAAGAUCCUUAUAGAGUCAGAAAAAGUGCGAGCAGCAGUACGUUAAUGACUACGUUUGCGAUCAGUUCGGCGCCAUAAGGUAACAAUUCAAUUGCUUAGUACAUAUAAAUAGUUUAUCCUUACCUUUUUUACAUAUAUUCGAUAUGCCCGCACCAUCCGAACUAUUUUAAAUUAUCCUCUAUUUAUUCUUUUGUGUGUGUGCGUGUGUGUGUGCGCGCGCGCGCGCGCGUGUCUGUGUGUAUAUGUAUGUUAGAUAAACCAAAUACGUAUAUAAAUAACUAUUAUUAAUAUUUUACUAUAUCCAAUAUGCCCAACGGUUAAUGCAUUUUAAUAAACUAAUAAAUUUAUAAUAACGAAAAAGAGAGAGAGAGAGAGAAACAGUUUAUUAAAAGAGGGUUUAUUGAGAGCCACUGUGAAUGGAUUAUGUUCCGAACAAGACCUCUUAAUUUGCUAUCUGGGAUAAUUUUAUCACCCUCACAGAAUACAAGGAGUGAAUAAUUGGCACAAGGGUAAUUGCGUUUCAUUGGACGUCAUGCGAAUAGUGUCAUAAAUAGAACAUAGGGCCAUUGUAAAAAAUUUGCUUUUAUAUUACCAUAUAUCAUAUUGAUAUACUUACUAAUAAUUAUCUUGGCUCUCAGAAGUUUGUUAAAAAAGUUUAUUAGAAAAAUCUGAGAAUGGUACAAAAUUUUAUAUUACAGAAGCGCGAGAGAAAGAGAAGGAAUAUUAAUUUUAUCUGUAGUAAUGUACUAUGUCGUGAUGUUACCAAAAAUAUCAAAAAAGUUAGAUUAUCACAAAUUAAAAACGAUAUUGUAUUGUUAGAUAAGUACAAUGUAUAAGUAAGCAUGAUUUUGUGUGUAUGUAGAUUAAGUACAAAGUCAUGUAUGUAAAAAUCAUCGUUUAAAUAUUAAAUGAUUUCUGAU